GCAAAUUUUGGAAGUGGUGGCAACCAUGGUGAUGUAAUCCGCAAUGCUGCAUUCCAAAUGCUUGGAAUUCGUCCUUCGCCUCUUACUUCUGUCAUUUUGUUAUUUUGUGUCAAUUUCAUUAAUUACAUGGAUAGGUUUACCAUCGCUGGUGUUCCUGAUAUGAUAAGAACCUAUUUUAACAUUGAUAGCAAGGGACUUGGUCUUUUACAGACCUCUUUUAUAAUAUCUUAUAUGUUCUUGAGCCCCGUAUUUGGGUAUUUUGGUGAUAGAUGGAAAAGGAAAUACAUAAUGAUCAGUGGUCUUUUUAUCUGGUCCAUGGUCUCUCUUUGCAGUUCUUUUGUACCUUCCAAUUGCUUUGGUUUAUUUCUUGCCUUAAGAUGCAUAGUCGGCAUUGGUGAAGCUAGUUAUUCCACUUUGGCUCCUACUAUUCUAACUGAUCUAUUUACUGGAAACUCCCGAACCUUCGUCCUUGGAUUUUUCUAUUUUGCGGUUCCAGUGGGGAGUGGUUUCGGUUACGUUCUAGGUUCUGCCAUCGCACAUGCUAGCGGCAAUUGGGUCUGGGCUCUCCGCAUCACCCCUACUCUUGGGCUAUUUUGCCUGCUUGCCUUUAUUGUUUUUCAUACUGAUCCGCCUCGUGGACUAGCUGAUUAUGCAGUUCAUCUACACACUACUUCUUGGUGGUCAGAUGUUCGAAUCCUCUCAUCCAAUCGCUGCUUCUUGCUCCUUUGUUCUGGUUUUACUGGAAACUGUUUCGUCCUCGGUGCCCUUGCAUGGUUUUCUGUUGACUACAUCCAAGACGCCAUAAAUGCCAGAGGUCGUGGCAACGCCUCUGACUACCCCGUAGCACUUCUUUUUGGACUGAGCGCUUGCCUUGCGGGCCUUCUGGGUGUCGUUGCGGGUUCGUUAUUGGCACGGAGAUUGAGAGCUUAUUCGGGUCGUAUUGAUGCCUACAUCAGCGGGAUAGGUCUACUUCUGAGUGCCCCUUUUAUCUUUGCGGGCCUUAUCUCACCACUUUACAGUUUCUAUCUAUGCUUGGGAUUCGUCUUUGCUGGACAAUUUCUAAUUUGUCUGAAUUGGCCUCUCAUAUCAGAUAUGACAAUGUCUGUUGUAAUCCCCACCCGUCGAGCAACUGCGAAUGCGUUUCAGAUGCUCAUGACGCAUGCCCUUGGUGAUGCCAUCAGCCCCUUCGUUAUCGGCAUCAUCGCUGACGCCCAGCAAACAUCCGACUCGGCGAUGUCACGCUACCUGGGCAUGCAACGAGCCCUUUUCAUUACUGUAUUCAUUUGCAUCCUUUCUGGAUUUCUACUUCUUUGCGCUUCCUGGUAUUUAGAGUCAGCAAAGGCACGCGUCCAAUUCAUUAUUGAUGCCUCACGGGUGGAGCACUUCGAUGUUGACGAAGCGGAGGUGGAGGCAGAAAGACGACCGCUUCUAUCUAAUGACGGCUACAGCGCACUGGCUCGACCCACCUCCUGGGUAUCUUUUGCACAUUCAAACGUUAUGGUUUCGUAA